UAAACAUUAGUUUGUUUAUUUUUCGAAAGUUAUUCAAAUACUUAUAAGCAUGGAAGAUGUUUGGGAAGAUUUUGAAUCUGGUGAAGGAUUCAAACCAAAUGCUGUAAAAAUGCGAUGUCUCGCGGCAGAUUUUGAAGACCAGCGCUAUGACGACGAUGGCUACGAAACCGCUACAUCUGUUGAACAAUGGGAAGUUGAAGAUUCAGUAAAGAGAUGUAUUGAAGUUCUCAGGCAUACAUUAGAUAUGGAUCCAAUGGCCCCUAUUUUGCAAAAAGAUGCUCAUGUGCAGUUUUUAAAGAAAGGGCUCCAUUACUUACCAUCUUCUUUGGAGGUAUUGGAUUCUAGUCGUUCAUGGCUCUGCUAUUGGAUAUUACAUUCUAUUGAGAUCUUGAAUGAACCAAUCCCUGAGGAAACAAAAUCUCAAGUUAUUGAAUUUUUAAAAUUAUGCCAAGAUGAGAAUGGUGGAUUUGCAGGUGGCCCAGGCCAAGAACCUCACUUAGCACCAACUUACGCAGCUGUUAAUGCUUUAUGUAUUCUAAAAUGUAAGGCAGCUUAUGAUGUUAUUGAUAGAGCAAAGCUUUUGAACUUUUUAUUUAGAUUAAAAAAGAGAGAUGGUUCAUUUCGAAUGCACGAGGGUUCAGAAAGUGAUAUAAGAGGAGUUUAUUGUGCUUUGUCAGUUGCCAUGAUGACUAGCAUUUGGUCUCAGGAAUUAACAAAGAAUACUGCACAUUGGGUUUCAAGAUGUCAGACGUAUGAAGGUGGAUUUGGAGGUGUUCCAGACAUGGAAGCACAUGGAGGUUACACAUUUUGUGGUCUUGCUUCCCUAGUUCUUUUAAAGGAGGGAAAACUUAUUAAUGUUCAUAAGCUUUUACGUUGGCUAGUCAACAGGCAAAUGAGAUAUGAAGGUGGCUUUCAAGGUCGCACCAAUAAAUUGGUUGAUAGCUGUUAUUCUUUCUGGCAGGGAGGUUCUUUUCCUCUUGUACAUAGACUGCUGAACAAAACAGAUCCUGAGAAUAUGGAUAUGUCUUGCUGGUUAUUUAAUCAAAAAGCAUUGCAGGAGUAUCUACUUAUCAGCUGUCAAGCUCCUCAUGGAGGACUUAUUGACAAACCUGGAAAGACCAGAGACUACUACCAUACUUGCUAUGCGUUAAGUGGCUUAUCUGUAGCCCAACAUUUUCAUAAUGGAAUAAAAGGAUAUGAGACUGUUAUAGGACAUUAUAAUAAUGAGCUUAUACCAACUCAUCCUAUUUACAAUAUUUGUGUACCCACUGCUAUACAAGCUAUUCAGUAUUUCCAACAAUUAACUUAUCCUGUUAUGCCUGAUGAGUGCGAAAUAUCAGAUUCUGGUGAUGAAAUGGAAUUAUAAUUUUGUAAAGAAUUGUUAUUUUCUCCAACCCAAUUUCUCUGAUCUCUUUGUUUAUGAAUAGUUUUUGUUACAAAACGAAUCUACCAAGCUCAAUUUCCUUCCCAUAUAGAUUGAGAAAUCAAAAUGUGUGAAGGAUAUUUAUAUUUCUUUUUUAAUUCUAUACCUACUGUGUACAUAUAUAUACAUGUUAAAAGUGUAAAUAAUUUUAUAUUGCUGCCAUUUGUUUUAGAAUUUUUACAUAUAUAUUUUUUAAUUUUGUUUCCCCAAUUUUUUUUUCAAUUAAAUUAUUCUUUUACUAUUAUUUUUUUCAAUUUAUUUAAAUGAAAUUUUUGGUGCAAAAAUCGAUAUUGGAUUUGAAGAAAAUUCAUUGUCCUUUAUCAUUCUUUUUUAUUUAUUUGUUGUUUUGAAAAAAGUAGUUAUAAAAUAGCAUUUUAUAUUCCUUACAAGUUUUACAUUACUAGAGAAAAUCCUACACUAUAUGCCUCCAUUGCAUUCCCCCUCCCCUCUGAAUUAAAUCAUAAUUUGACAAAGGUUUUCUCUAAUUGAUUUACAAUGUUCUUUUUAAAUAAUUUUAAUGAAGACAAAUUUUAAAAAAACUUAAAUAAUAGUACUGCCAAUAAUUAAUUUUUCUUUGUAUUAUUAAUAAAUUUUCAUGUCUUCUUAAAUUGCACUAAAAAAAUUUCUUUAGAGAUUUAUUGAAAGAAAAAUUUAUUUUUAAAUUAUUAUUAAAGCUUAAUUUAUUAUUUAUUCAUUUGAAUUUCAUUUUUGCACUAAUUUGGUAGCUAAGUAUAUCUCAUGUUAUAAUGAAAUAAAAUCAAUAAUUUUGAGUUAAUUUGUAAUAUUUAAUCUUAAACUGAGAUCCUCUUAUGCCAACCAACAAUGGUAUUAGUAAACCGAAGGUUAUGAUUACACACUCUGUAAUAUUUUUUUGAAUUAUUCACUGAGUUGCUAGCUUUGUAACUUGUGAAUAUAGUAAUGUAGAAAGAUGUUAUCCCAUUUUUUUCUAUUUUCUAUAUAUCAGAUGAAUUAGUUUUGUCCUUUUUUAAAAAAUUUUUAAGAAACCAAUGUUUUAUUUAAUUUCUAAUAAAUUUUUGUUUUUUAAAAAUUUUCCAACCUUUAUUUUUUUUGUUUUUUAAAAAUUUUCCAACCUUUAUGUUUUUUGUUUUUUAAAACUUUUGAAUAUACCUUCAAAUGAAUUUUAACAUGUUUUUAUUGCUUCGAAACAACUGAAAUUCAAUGGUAGAUUUCUGGUAAGGCUGGGGGAUGGGGGGUGCUCCAAAUAUGUUGAUUAAAAAAACAUUUUCUAAUUUCCAUUUAAAAACUUUGUAAAAAAUACAAAAAUUCUAUUAAUUAUAAAGUAUUGGGAAAAUAUUAACUCUUUAUACAAUAUAAUUAAACACGCUUUUAUAUGUUAUAUUCCAUUCACUUACGUAUUAGAAUAUUUAUAAGCAUCAAGUGUCUGCUUCAAUAAUAUUUUUAAAAAAUGAAUCAAAUACAUUUUUGCAAAAUUUAUAACAUAAAAAUGAUUAAUCUAAAAUAAAUCAUUAACAUUGUAAAAAUUUGUUGAAAUGAGAAAAUAAAUCUCCCAGUUAAUUAAGAAAACGGCCUCAUAAUGUACAAACCUAGUGUCACAGAUUAACUAAAUGCAUUACUACUGGCAUCAAAACAUUAAAUAUUAUGCUGUUUGAUGUAAAAAAAAGUCUUUCAAUUAGCAUGCAAUGAGAAUAUUUGUGAUUUAGUUAAGUAAAUCAGUUUUUCGACAUUUUUAUGAUUAAAUCUUGCCUACAUCAAUACAUUUCUUUUGCUAUCUCAUAUAUUUUUAUAGAAACCUAAUGAUUAUUACAUUGUCUUGCUUAUCUCAUUCAAUUUAUAACUUGUAUUAAAUUGUCUAAGCAAUGAAGUAUAGUGCCUUAAAAGUUAAGCUUUCUAUGAAAUACA